CCCCUCCGUCCCUCCCCCUCCGCACCUUCUUCCCGACCUCCCACUCACCUCCAUCCUCCCUUUCUUCACCUCCAUCCUCUCCCCCCUCCGUUCUCACUCUCCGUAGUCUCCCCCUUUCCUUUCCGCUUCCCCUCACUCCCGCAACCUCAACUUUUCCUCGCCUCUUCCCCUCCUCUCCUCCUCUUGCGUGACCUCACUCCGGCACACGCUCUCUCUCUCACCUCCCUCUCUCACGUCUACACUUUCGCGCAAAAAUGGCCGACUCCGACAUUGCCUCCCCUUCGUCCCCUGUGGACCACCAGGUUAAUGCGGUUCCUGAGGAGCUCACCCUCCGCGCUCUCGUUUCCACCAAGGAGGCUGGCAUAAUCAUCGGCAAGGCUGGUGCUACCAUCGCCAACGUUCGUGCGGUUGCCAACUGCAAGGCUGGCGUUUCCAAGGUCGUCCCCGGUGUCCAGGACCGCGUCCUCAGCAUCUCGGGUGACCCCGAGGCCAUCGCCGCCGCGUACUCCGAGAUCGCGCGCCUCCUCCUCGAGACGCCUCUUUCGGAUUCGUCCCUCCCUCCUCCCCCGGCGAUCGCCUUCACCUCGAUUCGUCUCCUCAUUAGCCACAACCUCAUGGGUACGGUCAUCGGUCGCCAGGGUGUCAAGAUUAAGCAGAUCCAGGAUAUGUCGGGCGCCCGUAUGGUCGCGUCCAAGGAGAUGCUUCCUCAGUCGACGGAGCGCGUCGUCGAGGUCCAGGGUGCUCAGGACGCGAUCAAGACUGCUGUCUGCGAGAUUUCCAAGUGCCUUCUCGAGGACUGGGAGCGCAACGUUGGUACUGUCCAGUACCACCCGGGUGCCGGCGGCGACGCCGGUGUGCUUGCUGGCGGUCUCGGCGCUCAGACGGUCACUGGGCCUACCGGCGGCAUCCGCCGUACCUCGAUGGGUGCCUUUAACGCUCAGCAGCCCAACUUUGGCGAUCGCCGUGUUUCGCGCGGCUCCAUCUCGGGUGGCACUGGCGAGCGUCGCAUGUCUGAGUCGCAGAGCACCCCUCCCCUCAACGACCCCAACCUCCGCACCCAAAACAUCUCGAUCCCCAGCGACAUGGUCGGCUGCAUCAUUGGCCGUGGCGGCUCUAAGAUUACGGAGAUCCGUCGUCUCUCUGGCUCGCGCAUCUCCAUCGCCAAGGUCCCGCACGAUGAGACUGGCGAGCGCAUGUUCACCAUUGUCGGCACGCCCGAGUCGACUGAGCGUGCUCUCAUGCUUCUUUACUCGCAGCUCGAGUCGGAGAAGGAGCGCCGCGUCAACCAGACCGUCGAUGGCAGUGACGCGUAAACAACUUUACGAGGGCAUUUCUGUGAAUACGUAUCAAGACACAGCUGUGACCCCUCCAUCUCCUUUGUGCCUGCCUCCCCAUCGUCCUUCUUUAUCGUACUCUCCAUCCUGAUCCUCGCUCAUGUGGUGGGGAAGUGAAUCUAUGG